UGGAUAGAAAAGUGAAGACAAAGUGCCUGCCUUUGGAGCUUACAGUCUGUGGGGAGAUAGACUGUAAACAAAUAUAAUUACAGAUUAUGACAGUUCUCAUGAAGGAAACUAAAAGGACAAUAAGAGACUUACGACUGGGGUGACUCCUCUAGAUAAGGUGAUGGGGAGACCCCUUUAAGGAGGUGAUGUUUGACAGGAGAUCUGAAGGAGGAGAAGGAGCACUAGAGGCAGAAGGGAGAACAGUGCAGAGACUCUGAGAGAAGGAAGGAGCUUGGUGUGCCUGAGGAACUGAGAGUUCACUGUGCCUUGAAGCUUAGUGAGUGGUGAGAAAAGUAGCAUGAUGAGAAUUGGAGAGAUGGGCGGGGGCCAACCCAUGCAGUGUCUUUUAACCAUGUAAGGAGUUGGAUUUUUUUAUUCUAAAAUGCAACAGGGACACCACUGAAGAGCUUUGAUAAGUGUCUGUGUACAUAGGACAGAGAGUGGAUGUCUUGGGGAGAAAGAAUUGGAGAGGGGUGAGAAUUGAAGCUGGGAGACCUUUAGGAGGCUGAUCUUCAUUCAAGAAUCCAUUCUAGGCUCUGGAGAUACUAUAGAACGCAAAGUCCCUGCCCUCAGGAAAUUUCUAUUAUAGUUAGGGGAGGCAGUUAAUGAGUAAACAAAUAAUAUCAGCUAGUACUAAGUAUUAUGUAGAUGAUUAGAAAAACCAGUUGUCUUCAGGUUGAUUCUGACUCGCGGUGACUCCAAAUGUGUAAGCGUAGAACUACUCCAGAGGGUUUUCAAUGGCUGAUUUUUUGGAAGUAGAUGGCUUGCCCUUUCUUCCAAGGUGCCUCUUGGCAGACUUGAGCUGUCAACCUUCAGGUAGCAGUUGAGCUCAUUAGCUGUUUGUACCACUCAGGGACUCCAGAAGAUUAGAAGGGGACAUUUAAGUUGAGGGUUAGAUGUAAAGAAGGAACCAAGCUUGUGAAAUUCUGAGGACAGUCCAGGCAGAAGGAACAAAUAGCAAAUUCAAAAGGCCUAAGGAGGGAAACAGGGGUAGUAGAUGAGAGAUGAUGAUUUAGACCACUGUGGGGGACAGGAGAUCUGGAGAAGGCAGCCCAAGAUAGCCUAAGCACCCCUAGCAUUUAGAGAACAGAGUGAGGGGGAAGAACCAGCAUAUAGGCUUUGAGGUAGGAGGAAAACCAAGGGUGUACUAUUCUGGAAGCUAUGAAAGAAUUAGAGGGGGCAGUGUUUCAAGAGGGAGAGAAUGGUCAGUUGUGUCCAGUGCUGCUGGGAGGUGAAGUAAGAUGAAGAUAGAGAAGUGUCAAGUGGAUCUGUCCACUUGCAAUUCUCUAGUGACACUGAAGAGAUUAGGUGGAAUGGUUGAGUCAAACUAGAUUGGAGAAGAUCGAAGAGUGAAUUAAGAAUUGAAGAAGUGGAGUCAGAUGUUUGGAGAGCUUUUGACGUAGAGGAGAACAAAGGAGCUUUACUGAGGAGGGAGGAAGGUGUGAUCAAAAGGGGAAGUUUUCUUAUUAUUUUUUAACCAAUUAAAAAUAUUCUACUAGAUGCUUUUCAGGAAAAGCUGUUAUGUGAACUCUUAAAGUAUAUGGUUUGAUCAGUUUUCACAAAGUGAACAUAUUUAUCUAACCAGACUCAGGUCAAGAAAUAGAAUGUUACCAGAAGCUCACUUGUGUCUCCUUCUAUCUACUACCCUUACCCCAAGAAUAACCACUAUCCUGAUCUGUAACACCAUAGAUUAAUUUGUCUGUUUUUGAACUUGAUAUAUAUGGAGUCAUUUAGUAUGUAUUAAUUUGUGCCUGUCUUCUUUUGCUCCCCAUUAAGUUUUUGAGAUUCAUCUACACUAUUGUGUCAGUAGUUUGUUUAUUCUCAUUGCUGUAUGAAUAUAACAUAAUUUAUCCCUCUGUUCUACUGUUUAUGGACAUUUGGGUUGUUUUCAGUUUGGAACUAUUACAGUAGUGCUGCCAUGAACAUUAUAUAAAAUAUAUUUCUACUUGGUAUAUACCUGAAAAUGGGAUUGCAAAGCCAUGGGAUGUGUGUGUGUGUGUUUAUGUAUAUAUAUAGUAUAUACUGCUAAACAUUUGGUUGUCCCAGUUUAUACUUCCACUAGCAAUGUCUUAGCGUUCCAGUUGCUCUACAUCCUUACCAACACUUGGUAAUAUCUGUCUUUUCAAUUUUAGCCAUUCCAGUGGCUGUUUGGUGGUAACACAUUUGGUUUUAAUUUGUAUUUCCCUUAUGAUAAGCAAGCAUUUUUAAAAUCUGGGAGAUCCUGGAACGUGCCCAUGUGCUGUUGGGAAAUUUCCAGUAGAGAUGGAGGGCAAGAGCUCAGAGGGAAUGGGCUGCCAAGUAGAGAGACUGAUUUUUUAUUUUUUUUUGAUGCAAUCAGGAACACUUCUCUUGUAGUGUGCAGACCAUAGGCUUCAGAGUUAAAGUGACCUAGAUUUAAAUCCUUGCAUUGCUGCCCCCUAGUUGUGAUCUAAACCCUGGUGGCGUAGUGGUGAAGUGCUAUGGCUGCUAACCAAAAGGUCGGUAGUUUGAAUCCAUCAGGUGCUCCUUGGAAACUCUACGGGGCAGUUCUACUCUGUCCUGUGAUGUUGCUAUGAGUCAGAAUCGACUUGUCGGCAGUGGGUUUAGUUGUGACCUUUAGCAAGUUACUUAACUUCUCUGAACCUUGGUUUUCUCACCUGGAAAUGGAAAAAACAAAUCUACCUUGCCAGAAUUGUGAGGAUGAUUUGAGAUAACAGGAGGUUAAAGUACCUAGCUCAGUGCCUGGUAGAUAAGAAGCAUUCUGACUGUAGAGUAUCAUUGUCUUCUUUACUUCUCAAAAUAUGUAAUUACUUAUCAAUUAUUUCACAGAGGCUUAGCUAAGCUGUAUUGAUAGGCUUUUCACAGCAUUUCCUUUCAAAGCCAUUGCAAUCAUACUUUAAUUGCUUUUUAACGAUAAUAUACAAGAUGAAGCUAAGCCCAUUCUAUAUUAAUGAUCCAUAAUGUGGGAUGCUUUUCUUUAUGCACUUACAGCAUGGAUGCUUUUAACCAUUCCAGGAAUACAUUAGCAACAGUAGGCAAACCACCCACAAUAAACUGGAGACGAUUCUGUAAGCUUGGCUGCGCAGCCAUUUUCUGAUCUGCCACGUCAGAAAGGUCCUUCUUUAAGGUUUGGAGGCAUUUUAAUUAGAUACUUUGAAAGGGUUUCUAUAAAGUCUGUAUACAGUAGGUUCACUAUAAAUGUAUUAAUUUCAAGAUGUAGCUGUCUGUGCAUCCGUGUAAAGCCUGUUGCGGAAGUACCUGGGUACACAGAGCAGUUACUUAAAAUCAGAACAGAUUGGAUAAGAACCUCGGGGACUUUAAUGCCUUAGUUUGGUAGUUAGCAAGGUGGUUUUGGAGUUGCAUUGCAAACCAGCACUCAUUUUACUAGGACACUGACAUUUUGACCCUCCUGCUCCCCACCCCUCAAUCCUCAUGAAAAAGCCCAUGACAAUCUCUGAUCCACUUAAAAUUAUUUGCCUUGGGCAGGGGAACAAGUGGAGAAGUGACCGUUCUAAAAUUACUUAGGAUUCUAGAACCGAAUAGGGAGAAAUCACGUUACCUACCCUCUUGCCUCUUAACUAUGGCUAUAUCCAGCCUACCAGGAAUAGGUCAUUAAUCUUACCCCAUUAUUAACACUAUAAUAUUCCUCUUCAUCAGGGCUAAGUCUCCCAAGAAAUACCAGCAUACCUAUCAAGUUGACAAAAAUCCCACAUGCCAGCUAACCAUUCUUACCAGAGGGUCCUUCCACAGAGAAUAAUAACAUUUUCUUGUUCACUCCCUACUGUAUCUCCCAUCUUCUCCCCUUUAGGCAAAGUGAAAGAGGAAAACCUGGCGAGUUUCAAAAAAGCUCAGUAGGAGAGCAGUCAGACUGUAGUUGAGGAUCAGAUUACCAAGUCCAUCUUUCCUGAAGAGGGUGGGAAGGAACUUUCAAGCCCUCAGUGAAGAUUUGUCAACAGUUUCUUUCAAGACCAGAAGGAGGUGUGCAGAUUUUAUAAUGUGGGCAACCUGCUGCAACUGGUUCUGUCUGGAUGGACAGCCUGAAGAUGCCCCACCCCCCCAGGGAGCCAGGACGCAAGCCUAUUCCAACCCUGGGUACAGCUCCUUCCCCUCUCCAACAGGCUCUGAACCCAGCUGCAAGAGCUGUGGGGCCCAUUUUGCCAACGCGGCCAGGAAGCAGACCUGCUUGGACUGUAAGAAAAAUUUCUGCAUGACCUGUUCGAGCCAAGUGGGGAAUGGGCCCCGCCUCUGCCUUCUCUGCCAACGAUUCCGAGCCACAGCCUUUCAGCGGGAAGAACUCAUGAAGAUGAAGGUGAAGGACCUGAGGGACUAUCUCAGCCUCCAUGACAUCUCCACCGAAAUGUGCCGGGAGAAGGAGGAGCUGGUGUUCUUGGUGCUUGACCAGCAGCCUGUAAUCCCCCAGGCGGACAGGACUCGUGCCCCCACCUUGUCCUCGGACUUCCCUGAGCAGCAGGCCUUCCUGACCCAGCCUCCCACCAGCACAGCACCCCCUACCUCACCCAGCCUCCCUUCCUCACCUGCACAAGCCACCUCUGUGCCCUCAGCCCAGCCUCAGGAAAACCAGCAGGCCAAUGGCCAUGUGUCUCAGGACCAAGAGGAACCCGUCUACCUGGAGAGCACAGCCAGAGUACCUGCCGAGGAGGAGACCCAGUCCCUCGACUCAGAGGACAGCUUCGUCCCAGGCCGGAGGGCCUCUCUGUCUGACCUGACCAACGUGGAGGACAUUGAAGCGCUGACUGUGAGGCAGCUGAAGGAGAUCCUGGCUCGCAACUUCGUCAACUACAAAGGCUGCUGUGAGAAGUGGGAGCUGAUGGAGAGGGUGACGUGGCUGUACAAAGACCAGAAAGGACUCCAGCACCUGGAGGGAGCAGCGUCACCUGGCCUGGAGGAGAACCUCUGUAAGAUCUGCAUGGAUUCACCCAUUGACUGUGUUCUGCUGGAGUGUGGCCACAUGGUGACCUGUACCAAGUGUGGCAAGCGCAUGAAUGAGUGUCCUAUCUGCCGGCAGUACGUGAUCCGAGCUGUACACGUCUUCCGAUCCUGAGGGCUUGUACCGGCUUCUUCAGUGCCUUACAGGGACACAGCCUUGAGUGUCUGGGCUCAGGGUUGGCCAGCUUACAGGGGGCAUACUAACAGAAGAAAAUUUGCAGAACGUUCCCAAGACCAAGGCAGACAGAGAUGCCACGUCACUCCCGGGCAUGCUCGUCUUGCCACUGGUUGCACCUCUUGGCCAACAGAGCCUGAGGCUAGUGGGACUGGUACAGAUUGCUCGGCCAAGACCCUGUUUCGACGACCUUGGAAUGAUUAUAGUAAUUGAUGAACAGACUUUCCAGAACUUGGAUCUGUCUCCUCCUUUCCUCUGAGAACCCAGAUACCUUCUCCUGCAGUUUCACCCUUCCUCCAUCCUGUUCCCCACCCGUCCUGCCAAGAAGCUUGCCUCUGUGUUCCAUCCAUCAGAAGUCCUGCUAGAAAUGGUUCCCUUCCUCCGCAGCACACCUGGUUUUAUUUUUGGUCCCUCUGGCUUUCUGUGCUUUAACCUACCUUUGCUCUUUGCUGACAUCUCUUGGUAUGUUGCCUAGAAUCCAUUUGUUUCUUUGGAUGAAAAAGAUGUUAGCUUACCAGACCAAUAGUGGUCCUCCAGACACAGAAUUUUGGACCAGUAAACUUACCUUUGGUGAAAAAUGAAACACAAAUGUUACUGAAAAAUUUCUAAGUUGUUAAGAGUUAAGGAGCCCUGGUGGCGCAGUGGUUAAGUGCUCAGCUGCUAACUGAAAGGUUGGCAGUUCGAUCCCACCAGCUGCUUCAUGAGAGAAAAGACCUGGCAAUCUGCUCCCAUAAAGAUUCACAGCCUUGGAAACCCCGUGGGGCAGUUCUGCUCUGUCCCCUGGGGUUGCUGUGAGUCAGAACUGACUCCAUAGGAUAGCAAUGACGGGUUUUUUAAAUGGAAAUUUACCUCUGGUGAGAAAUCAAACACAAAUACUAUUGAAAAUUUUCAGAGUUAAGAGUUGCUUCCUUAAGGGCUGGGAUUGGAAGCUGUCAGUCUCCUUACCCCACCUUGAGGGCCAACCAAGCAUCUGGCUCCAAAGCUGCUAAGGAAUUCGUCUCUGUGUGAGGGUGGUGUGGGGGUCAUCUCUGCUGCUUCCUCUCUUAGGGCCUGACUUGGCACCAUCUUUGCUUUUAGUGUAUGAGGAAAGGGAAAGCUUUGGGAGGAAAGAGUGGCUUCUGUUUAACUUUGACUUCUGAUCCUCCUUUUCCAACAAGCGUAAGUUUUAAACUAAUACUUUCCCCUGAGAAUGAAGUCCCUCUCUUUCCACUGGAAUUUCUAAACUUGGUCUCACUGGCUUCCAUAUAGAAGGUUUAGCGACUUAAGCAAAAAGUCUGCUCUUCUCCAGCCUGGCUUCCCAUGAAGUUCCUAGUGACCAAACAUGUAGGACAGACGUCCCAAGAGGUGUCAGAAGGUACUGAAGGAGGCUGGGUUCUGUCCUUGAACAGGCAGCCAGAGGCCUUAAUUCCACAGCUUGCUGGAGUCCCGACUCCCAUUUCCUUUCUCAGUCUACUAAUUUGGGGGCAGAUCAGGAAAAAGCAUUCUCUAGGUCCUUUAGGAAGAGCCAUGUAAUGAGUAGGUUUGAGCCCGCUUAGGAUCUUGACACCACUGGAGGAGCAGAGGGCUUAAGGAAAGUCUAUUGGAGAAGCUCAGCCAAGCACAAAACACACAUGCUAUCAGAAGAGCUGUGUGUCCUCCCACUGUCAAUGGAUGAACUAUGCAAACCUUACACAAGCCUUGGCAGACCUGGGUGUGUAGCCAAGACCUCUCAGACUAGAAGAACCAAUCGUAACUUUGGAAGGCAGUGGGAAACCUCUAAGGGGACCUAUGAUAUUGGCACAGACGUACUUACGCUUCUCUCCAUCAUCAACCACUACCCCUUUGGGGAAAUGAGAUAAUUUUAGAAAGUAAUUGUCAGCUGAACACUGGGCCACUUACCUCAAUAUUAUACCAAGUCCUGGAUGGUCUGAUUCUGGGUCACAGCCUUUGUAGGAGUGGGGGGAGUCACCUUUCUACUGGACAGUAAAUACUAUAGUUUACAAUGCCUACCAGUUUAGCAAAGGGCCAUUCAUUCAGCUACUCUGUUCCACUCUGAAACAGGUCUACAUAUAUAUGCAACUCAGUUAAUAUUUAGCAAUAAUUUCAGGGCAGAAGCUGGCUCUCUGCCAAUUCGUAACUUGCUUUCUGUGUUGAGGCCUUGUCUCCCCACCCACUCUCCCCUUUCAAGCCCCAAAUUCCCUGCUGGACGACGUGAAUUGAAACUAAAAUCCCAAUGGCUGGUUAGUAACCUCAGGAAGAAUUAAGAAACUGAUGUCAUUUAUUCAUCUUGGAGAAAGAACUUAAACUUACCUUUAAAUCUUUUAACCUCUUUUGGUGACGGUUUCCAUUUAGCUAAAAAAGGUACCAAACAACCCUGGCUUUUUGUAACUUCUUUAUUGUUACAUUAAAUAAAAAUUGGGAGUUCUGGAUCUUAUUCCAGUGAAUUGGGAAUCCGGGUGGAAAGCCUGAUUUUUAUCCCUGAAUCCUCCUGCUACCCUUCGUGGAUCCUUGGUUUUCAUUAUCAUGGCAACAUCUAAUUCUUCCAGUUAUCCCUUGGCUUUUGCUGUGAUUGCUGAGAUUUCAGUUGAGACUUGUAUUAAAAGACUUGGACAGUUGACUGGUUCAUAAUACAUUGGAAUAGUUGGAUACAAACUAAUACGAAUAAGCUGUACAGGAAUUAGUGCUCAAUAUAUAUUGUGUAAAUUUGUUGAAAUUUUUGGAUGUGAAUGUGUUACUUCAAGUGGCUUAUAUUGAGAUUUUCUGACUUGGGUGUUGAAGUAACCCAAAUAUGUAUUUUUUUGUUACAGAAGAGCUCUGCUUUAUAAUUUUGUAAUAAAGUUUCAAUAUAGA